CCAAUACAGCAGGUGGCUUUUUUUUCUCGUGUCCUCUUUUUUUGUCUUAUUUUAGUUUUUUUUUAAUUUUUUUAUUAAAAUGUCUGCUCUCAAAGCAGCCCUCUUAGGGCUUCCAGUUCUCUGGCUGUUAAAGCGGAUGUUUUUGCCCUAUCUGUGGAAGGACAUCGUCUUCUUUUACAGAUCUUUCCGCUAUUUGCUGUAUGUAGAGCGGUGUUUGAAAAAGAACCCCCCUUUUUGCAUGUUGGACAUGUUUCUGCUUCAAGCAUCGAGACGGCCUAAUAAGACCUUUAUUUUUUACCAAGACCAGACUUAUACAUACAAGGAGGUGGAUCUUAAGAGCAACCAGCUAGCCUGGACCCUAAAACAGUACACAAAACUUGAACAAGGGGACUGUGUGGCCAUCUUCCUUGGUAAUGAACCGGCCUACAUCUGGAUAUGGCUAGGGCUGGCGAAGUUAGGCUGUCCAAUGGCUUGUCUUAAUUACAACAUUCGUGCCAAAUCGUUUCUACAUUGCUUUCGUUCCAGUGGUGCUAAAGUAUUAAUUGCUGCUCCAGAGUUACAGAAUGCAGUAGAAGAAGUGCUUCCAGCUCUGGCUGAAGAAGGGGUUCAAGUCUUUUAUGUGAGCAGAGAAUCAGGCACCAAGGGAGUGGAGAGUCUACUUGAUAAAGUGGAUGUUGCUUCUGACCAGCCUGUCCCUAGAUCUUAUAGAUCAGACGUCAGACCUCAGUCUCCAGCUUUAUACAUAUAUACAUCUGGAACCACAGGACUCCCAAAGGCUGCUAUUAUAUCUCAGGGUCGGCUUUUGAUAAGUUCAUCGCUGUCUACCUUAUCGGGAAUAAGAUCUGAGGAUGUGGUAUACAUUCCACUGCCUCUUUAUCACAGUGCUGGACUCAUGAUCGGGGUGCGUGGAUCCAUUCAACAAGGUGCAAGCCUGGUUCUGCGCGGCAAAUUUUCGGCAAGUCAGUUCUGGAGUGACUGCAGGAAAUACAAUGUAACGGUUUUCCAGUACAUAGGGGAAAUCCUACGGUACCUCUGUAAUACCCCUAAGAAAGAGAAUGAUAAAGAUCAUUGUGUGCGGCUUGCACUGGGCAAUGGUCUCAGGCCUGAUGUCUGGAAGGAGUUUCUCCAGCGCUUUGGUAACAUCAGAAUCUGCGAAUUCUAUGCAGCAACGGAAGGAAAUGCUUUCUUUCUAAAUCAUACCGGAAAAGUAGGUGCUGUUGGUAGAUCUAACUUCCUUAUUAAGUACUUUCGACCAUAUGAAUUGAUCAAGUAUGAUGUGGAUAAGGAGGAGCCGGUGCGAAACUCCAAAGGCCGAUGUGUGCGCGUGAAAGCAGGAGAGACUGGGCUACUAAUAGCUAAAAUAACCAAAACCGCCCCAUUUGUUGGGUAUGCCGGAGACAAGUCUCAAACUGAGAAAAAGAAGCUUCAUGAUGUGUUUUUUAAAGGAGACCUUUAUUUCAACAGUGGAGACUUAUUAAUGACUGAUAAGGAAGGGUUUGUUUACUUCCAGGACCGUGUGGGAGACACAUUCAGGUGGAAAGGGGAAAAUGUGGCUACUACAGAGGUGGCAGAUAUUGUGGGGAUGGUUGAUUUCAUUGAAGAAGCAAAUGCCUUUGGUGUUACAGUCCCAGAUCACGAAGGAAGGAUUGGUAUGGUCUCCAUCAAACUUAGGGAAGGCAAAGAAUUUGAUGGUGAAAAGUUGUAUAAAAACAUAUUGGAUUACUUGCCCAAUUAUGCCAGGCCUCGCUUUGUGAGAAUACAGAACACCAUGGAAAUUACUGGUACCUACAAGCAACGAAAAGUAAACCUUGUAAAGGAUGGAUUCAACCCACUUACUGUUAAAGAUCCACUGUAUUUCUUAGAUGAAAAUGAGAAGAGGUACAAGCCAAUGGAUAUGCAUAUUUACAACGCAAUUAUGAAUAAGCAACUGAAACUCUAACAAGAAAAAUAACUUUUAAAUACAUUCUUGAUCAAAUAAGGGUUACGCACAUCCAUGGUCAGUGUUUUGUAUUUCAAUAUUUAAAAAGAAAAUAAAUGACUUUGUGCACUUA